AUGUCCGGUCCCUCGAUCCACUUCACUCUACCUCACCCGUCGCUCUUCAAGUUCCCGCCAGACCAUCUUCCAGCUGCCCUGCCUCCGCCGUCCGACGAGGCCACAUGGAAGUCUCCCUUCCCAAUCGACUUCGAUGUCUAUAACCGCGCCUUGGACGUAAAAGUCCCCAUCACUAUCGCGUCGACCUAUGUCAUCACUGUCCUCUUGAUCAACGCGUACAACAGACGUCAAGGAAACAAGCCAUGGUGGAUCAGCAAAACUCGCGCUUUCAAGCUCUUUGUCGUCCUUCAUAACAUCUUCCUGGCUGUCUAUUCCGGUGUCACUUUCUACGCCAUGUGCCGUGCUAUCAACGCCACUUGGCCUGGUCUUGACAACAGCGCUGGUCUGGCUGGCGUUGCCGACUCAUUGUGCAAGGUCAAUGGCCCUCGUGGCCUUGGCGAUGCUGUCUACUACAACGCAACCUCCAACCUCUGGCAGACCAAGAACGACAUCAUCAAGUUGCUGCCAGAAGGCACUCCCGACUCGACCGAUGUUGGCCGCUUGUGGAACGAGGGUCUUGCCUUCUGGGGCUGGUUCUUCUACCUGUCAAAAUUCUACGAGGUUGUUGACACUGCCAUCAUCGUUGCUAAGGGCAAGAGAAGCGCAACUCUGCAAACUUACCACCACGCAGGUGCCAUGUUGUGCAUGUGGGCUGGUAUUCGCUACAUGUCACCUCCUAUCUGGAUGUUUGUCUUUAUCAACUCCUUCAUUCACACUUUGAUGUACACCUACUUCACCCUUUCCGCCAUCAAUGUGCGCGUUCCCAAUGCCCUGAAGCGCACUUUGACUACUAUGCAGAUCACUCAAUUCUUGUUCGGCGCAUCUUACGCCGCUAUCCACCUGUUCGUCAAAUACGACAUCCCUGUGGCGACUGCAUACAGCAUCUUCCAUCCCAUCUCUUCCGCUGUUGCGAAGGCUUCUUCGACAGCUUCCAGCGUUGUCUCUGCUGUUCCUGCUGAGACUUACGGUGCUAUCCUUCGCCGUAUCCUUCUCCGUGCUGCUGGUGACGAAGGUGUCGCCGAGAACGUCCGCGACAAGCAGGGAAACAUUAUUAUGGAGAAGGCUCAGGAGGCAAUUCAGAAGUACCACGAAGAGACGCGCUACAGAACCGACUACACUACUAUCGACUGCAUUGACACCACGGGUCAGAGCUUCGCCAUCUGGUUGAACAUUUUCUACCUCUUCCCACUGACCGUCCUCUUCAUGCGCUUCUUCGUUCGCGCCUACCUAUUCCGCAGUGGCUCGAGCAAAUCAAGAAGCAAGCGUCACUCUGUUAGCCGCGCUACCAAGGAAGCUGCUCAAGGAACCAACCGCGAAAUCGAGCACGCUGGCAAGGCAGUCGAGAAAAAGCUCAGCCACCUCCCCGAAGACCUUGCAGCUGCUGAGAAGCGCAUUGAAAGAAGCUCGGUCAUCUCCCUGAGGACCUCAAGGCCGCUGAGAAGAAGCUCGAAAAUAAGCUUGGCCACUUGCCUGAAGAAGUCAAGAAGGACCUCCAAGCCCUUAAGGAUGGCAAGGCAAACUUCCUCGCCCCACUCGACCUCAGAAAAGAAGAAGAACAAGAAGAACAAGAACAAGCAAGCUGCUAACGGUGCCGAUAACGUCGACGACCACACUGAUGCUGCUGAAUCUGGUUCUGAGCACGAGCCUGAGAACUACGCUGCUGCAUUGAAAGAGAACCUGAAGAAGGAGGGUGAAACACAAGACCUCAAGCCUGAGACGGAAGAAGCUUAG